AUGACGAGAGUUCGGCCGGCAACGACAGAGAUUCCAGAUGCGACGACCUCGAAAUUCCAUACGAAAGGAAUUGAGGCACUGGUCACAAUGGCUGCAAAACUGUUUGGAGCAGUCUCUCGUAAAUUGGAACGUCGUCAAUCCACGAGUUCCAGCGAUGAAAGCAUUGAAUCUGGAAUAGCUCCGAAUGUUCAUUUACCCGCUUAUACACAGAGUUCAACGAGAAAAUUGGCGUUUGGUACAGCAGCCACAGAAGAGCACAAACCGUUGGACGACUUUUACAACAAUUCAACACUCACAAACAUUUCCAAAUUGUUCUGUGCAAUAGUUCUUCUGACUGCUUUCUUUCUGGUCAUGUCCAGAAGUCUUCAAUUUGCAUACGAAGCUCAACAGGCAGCAGCGGCAGCAGCUCGUGCAGCAAAUCCUUCCUCCAUAUCGAAUUCGACAACUUUAAGUUCACUUUUUGAGAUUCCAGUUAACAUAUAA